AUCGACAAACGCGGCCCGAAUUGGCUUAAAAACCGAUUAUGAAAUAUUUUUUUGGGAAUUUUGUUCGUGAUGUCACCCCAGCUUUCAUACGUCAAACUUGACGUGGAAAGGUUGACGUGUUGUGAAGGAUGUAAACACUCCAAAAUCUUUUUUCUCUGCAAAAACGCGAAAAUGUCGCUUCCGGGGAACGGAAUUUUCGUCGUGAGGGGCGAAAUGUGCACCCUCAUGACUGCCAUGCGUCGAGGGGCCCGCUGGUCGUCGCAUUCCCACCAAGAUGCCGAUGAUCCCUUAAUGAAAAACUUCCAAGAACUCAAAGAAAUCCUCAACAAAAUCGACGAUUUGCGACUCGUGCAGGCCAGCGUCUACUUGUCACCGUUUCUGGAAGUGAUCAGAUCGGAGGAAACCACCGGACCCGUCACCAGUUUAGCGUUGUCAGCUGUUAACAAAUUCCUGUCAUAUGGCCUGAUCGACCCGACGCACUCUACUGUACCCACGACAGUACACAGCAUAGCUGACGCGGUCACCCAUGCCCGGUUCGUGGGCACCGACCAGUCCUCGGAUGGGGUCGUCCUCAUGCGGAUUUUGCAAGUUUUGCGGACGCUGACGCUAGCACCGGAAGGGGCUACACUCACGAAUGAAAGCCUCUGCGAAAUUAUGUUAUCGUGUUUCCGUAUAUGUUUCGAGACACGGUUGAAUGUUUUAGAAUUGUUGCGACGCACCGCUGAGCACUACCUCAAAGACAUGGUCCAACUUGUCUUCAUGCGCCUUCCUCAAUUCUCCGAGGAUUUACACGCUGUUAAACAAUUCAAAAUGCGUCCAGGAGCUAUCGAACAAACCAGAAGUAAACGAAAAAAGUCGUUCCGCCUUUCCAACCACGAGGACACGCAGUCGCCGACUCUGAAGCCCCAAAACCCCAGAAUCAAUCAUUUAUCCACGACCCCUCUGACUCCAGCUGGAAAUAUCGUGGACAUGCAGGGCUCAAUUUCACAGAAUACACCUGAGAAUGUUAAUACAGAAUCGCCGUCGACGUUUUCGGAAAACAGUGAAAAUGUCCAGAUUAACGUAGAACCGGCGACUCCCGAACAAACUGAAACCCAAGAAGAGGAAAAAGUUGAGCAGUCUGUAGCCACGGAGGAAGAGACUCAAGACUAUGUCAAUCAAAGGGGGAUUAGAUUUACCCAACAGAUGCAAGAAGAGACGGUUUUGGUACCAUAUGGGUUAGCAUGCGUCCGGGAAUUGUUCCGGUUUCUAAUCAGUCUUUGUAAUCCAUUAGAUAAGCAAAAUACGGAUGUGAUGAUUCAUUUGGGGCUUACUUUGCUGACUGUCGCCUUCGAAGUGGGGGCCGACAGUAUAGGAAAGUACUCACAUCUGUUAGCUUUAGUUAGAGACGAUCUCUGCAGAAAUUUAUUUUCGCUGUUGACUACAGAACGACUUUCCGUGUUCGCAGCCGAUCUACAAGUGUGUUUCUUGAUGUUUGAGAGUCUCCGUACCCAUUUAAAAUUCCAGUUGGAGUUCUACUUGACAAAAUUAAUUGAUAUCAUUGUUACCGAUUCAGGGAAGAUUUCGUACGAACAUAAAGAGAUAGCGUUGGAUAACAUUCUCCAGUUGUGGCGAAUCCCGGGUCUAGUCACCGAGCUCUACUUAAAUUAUGACUGUAAUAUGUAUUGCACGAAUUUGUACGAAGAUUUGACUAAGCUUUUGGCCAAAAACGCAUUUUCGGCCACGUCAGGUGUUUACCACACCCACAUGCUAUCUCUUGAUGCUCUCCUCACUGUGAUUGAAAGCAUAGAACAGCAUUGUCGCGAAGGUAAAACUGAACCCUCCGCGGAGGCCCCAAAACUGGAUGAAAAUAACGAAACGAUCGAAAGUAUUAACAACUUCAUCGGAAAAUCAACGCGACAGAAGGUUUCAGAACACGUUCCAAGCAAGGAGGAGCUCAUGGCGCGCAAAAGUAUCAAAAAAUGGCUCCCCACAGGCACCGAACACUACAACCACAAACCCAAAAAAGGUAUCCAGUUUCUGCAAGAACACGGUGUUCUUAAACCCGAGUUGGACCCGCACGAGAUCGCUCUAUUUCUGAAAGAGAACAGCGGUUUGGAUAAGAAAAUGAUCGGGGAGUACUUGGGGAAUCGCAGCAACGUGACGAUCUUGGAGGCUUUUUUGAAGACGUUCGAUUUUUCGGAAACUAGGAUCGAUGAGGCGCUGAGGCACUACUUGGAGACGUUUAGGUUGCCGGGGGAGGCGCCGAUCAUUUCGCAUUUGUUGGAGCAUUUUGCCGAACACUGGCAUAAAAGCAACGGGGAACCGUUUGCUAACGUGGACGCGGCUUUCACCCUCGCCUACGCCGUUAUCAUACUAAACGUGGACCAACAUAAUCAGAACGCCAAGAAGCAAACAACUCCGAUGACGUUGUCGGGGUUUAAGAAAAACCUGUCGACGGUCAAUGGAGGGAAAGACUUCGACGAGGAAAUGCUCGACGAGGUUUACAACGCCAUCAAGACCGACGAGAUUGUGAUGCCGGCAGAGCAGACGGGACUCGUCCGCGAGAACUACCUCUGGAAGGUACUACUUCGCAAGGGUUCGUCCAAAGACGGGCGGUACUAUCACCUAAACAGCGGUCAGUACGACCCCGAACUGUUCUCUUUAAUUUGGGCCCCAAUCGUAGCAGCGCUCUCUUUCGUUUUCGACAAGUCUGAAGAACAGCUGAUUUAUAAAAAGGCGAUGACGGGUUUCCAGAAGUGUGCUUUCAUAUCGUCACAGUUCGGGAUGACGAAGAAUCUAGACAUGUUGAUACAAACCUUGACCAAGUAUACUACUUUUAAUAGCGUGCAGAGGUCUCACAAUGGCACUAUUGCAUUCGGUGCUAAUAUUAAAGCUCGGUUGGCUUUGAAAUGCGUGACCGAUUUGUGUCACCACCACGGCGACAAUAUCAGAGAAGGGUGGAGGAACGUGUUCGAUCUUCUUUUGUCACUGUAUAGUUUGGGGUUGCUGCCGAAAAGCUUCGUCGAAGCCGAAGAUUUCAUAGACAGCAGUGGCCGCAUCGUGUUGGUGUAUGAAGAAGUCGAAAAUAUGCAGAAACAGGACACUGGAUUAUUCAGCUCCUUGUAUUCGUAUAUGGUUUCUAGUGAGAAUUUAUCCAAAGUUCCUACGAUCGAGGAGCAGCAGCACAUCGACGUGGCGAAAGAAACGAUCAAAGAUUGCAACCUCGAGUUGAUCAUUACCGACUCGAAGUUCCUACACGAAGAAGCUCUGAAGGAGCUGGUGCGCGGACUCGUCGAUUUGUGUAGAGGACCGGACGUGCAAAAGAGCCUCGGCUACAACUACAACGAAAACGUGGCCGUUUUCUUUUUAGAACUUCUAAUAAAAAUAGUGAUCCAGAAUAGGGAUAGAGUCAUGACCAUCUGGCAUACCGUCCGCGACCACAUCUACACUCUCGUCAUGAACGCCUGCGUCUUCGACUACCAAUUCCUCCUUGAACGUUCCGUCAUAGGUCUUCUUCGGAUCGCCAUCCGCCUCAUGCGCAACGAAGACAUGAGCCCCAUCGUCCUCCAGUCCCUCCAGAUGCUCCUCCUACUCAAAAGCAGCACUCUGUGUCGAAUAUCGCGUCAGAUCUCCUUCGGUCUGUACGAACUCCUGAAGACUUCCGCUCAAAACAUCCACACCGAGACUGAUUGGACGAUAAUUUUUACACUUUUGGAGUGCGUGGGGGCAGGCGCCGCCCCGCCGAAACCCGUCGCAGACGAGCAAAGCACCAAAUCUGACGGAGAAGGCGUGGCCCCUUCAGACGAAGAAACUAACACGGAUAGGGGGUACACGUCGGAUUCCGAGUUGAGUCGGAGCCCCCGACACGCCAACAACCGCUCGCAAAGCCCCCAGUUUUCGCCCGGAAGCCCCAACACCGGCGGCUGGAUCCUCGUAGGAAACGAAGGGGAGAUUCAGCCAGUGGUAGGCAGAACGGUGCCCCCUAGUCAGUACAGUUUAGCGUUGGAGAGGAAUUUGGGGCCGCACGACCCCAGUAGUUUAAUCAAAUGUUGCGAGAGUUUAGCGUUUUUGGUCAGGGAUGUGGCUCACAUCACUCCGUAUAAUUUCGACGAUUGUGUUCACUGUAUUCGUACUUUCGUCGAGGCGAGUUUGCAUGGCAGUCGCAGACAUAAGAAAGUUAGAGAGGCGAGAGGGCGCAGACCGAGGAGGAAAGGGGCGGAGUCGUAUCGCAAGAGUCCCACGAGUAGUUUGGACGAGGAUAGCGACGAGGAGGAGUUACCGAGCGGCUAUCACCAGAUUUCGAUACAGUUAUUGGAUUUGAUGCACACGCUACAUACGCGGACCGCCCAGAUCUUCAAGUGGUGGGCGGAGGAAGGCGGAGCUUUGGCCAAAGAAACGUCGUUGUGGACGCAGGGGUGGUGCCCGUUGUUACAAGGGAUUGCGAGGUUAUGUUGUGACAUUCGCAGAGAGAUCCGGAUGAGUGCAAUUACGUAUUUGCAACGAGCACUUCUGGUGCACGAUCUGCAGACUUUAACAGGCCCGGAGUGGGAGGCGUGCUUCCAUCGAGUCCUUUUCCCCCUUUUAGCCCAUCUCCUUACCAACAUAGACCCCAAAGACCCCAUUUCCAUGGAAGAAACCCGAAUGAGGGCCGCCACUGUUCUUUCAAAAGUGUUCCUACACCACCUCACCCCCCUUUUAUCGCUUCCCACCUUUUCCAAUCUAUGGUUGAUUAUUUUGGACUUCACCGACAAGUACAUGCACGCCGACAAGAGUGAUUUGUUGUUUGAAGCCAUUCCCGAGUCUUUGAAAAACAUGUUAUUGGUGAUGGAUUCAGCCAAAGUUUUUGAUGGUCCGGAUGGGAAGAGUCCUCUCUGGGUGGCCACGUGGGACCGAAUCAAUAAGUUCCUCCCAGGCAUGAAAGACGAGUUGUUUAAGGAGAUGAACGAGGCGAAAGCCGAGGAACCGCCUCAAACACCAGAGACGAACGUGGAAGUCGUCCAACACAAUAUCGAAAAUGCUACAAGGUCAAUUAUAUUGCAGCCCCCGUCGAGUCAGCAGCAAGUCUCGUCGCAUUUAUUUGCACAUUUAGGGCAGAUGGUGUCCACGCCGAUUGCCCCCACGCCCCAAAACGUACCGCCGCCGCCGCCCCCAUUCCUACAACCGACUUUGCAACCAGGGAUGCCGUACUUGUACUCAAAAAAUCAGUCUCACACGUUUCCAGUUUUAUAUAACAGCCCGGUAUCGUUAUACUCAGAGUAUGUUGGUAAUCCGUACAAUAACGUAGAAGCUCCCAAAGAGGUGGACGAGAAUUCCGUCAACAUGUUGGACGUGAAUAAAAAUAACGAUCUAGUCGAUGACGGUCCUAACAACAACACGAACGUGUUUCAGUCGUCAAAUUAUUUCAACGCGACCCCCGGGACAGAUUUUAUUCCACCAGGUUCGGAAAUUCUCUUCGGGACCGAGCAGAAUUUCACCAUUCCAACAACGUGUACAAAUAAUGACAUAAAAUCAAGCGAUGUGUAAAUGUUAGAAUAGUAUUAUGUAAAUUUUAUUCUAAUUUAUGUAUAUAAUUGUUUUUUUGUUGUUAAUGUGGCGCCCUUUCCGUAUAUCAAAAGUAUAUUUUUACUCGGUUGUUACCUCUAAAUAAAACAACUAUCUAGCACAUGAAA